AUGAAAAGAUUACUAUUAAUUGCUGCUCUAAUCUGCCUCUGUGCUUGUUAAUCUAUUUAGUAAUGCCCUACUGACGGUAGAAUGAUGAAAUGCUCUCUUUAAGAAUAUCCUGUUUGUGGUGUUAGCAUUACUUACAAUGGAUAGGUUAAAGUAAAUUUCACAAACCAUUGCAUUGCUUGUUCGAUAGGAAAAGUUGCUUUUACUGUAGAUGGUAAAUGCGAAGAAUAUCCUGGAGAAGCUAAGUUUUGUCAUCCUGCUUUAGCAAAGUCACAAUGCUCUAAUGAAUAUGCUCCAAGUUGUGGAUACUUCAAUAAGAGUGUUAAUUGUUUGGUUCCUCCUUGCAACGUAGAGUCUGCUAAUGCAUGCUAAGCCUGCACAACUAAUAAUGUGAUUUAUACUAUCAAAGGAAAAUGUGCAAAAAAUUGA